GCUGAAAUAGGACAAGCGGCAGAAGGUAGCAGCAUUCCUCGCUGUGGUGAGCUGAGCUGAGCUGCAGUUUGGAGUGUUAACACGAUUUUCAUCAUAUUACCCAAGCCUAAUUAACGGUGGUUGUCGCACAUUAUACUUAUCUGCAUACUGGGUGCCGGUGGAACUAAGAGGGUGUUUUGGCAUCUUGAUUUGAGCUCUGUGGCUAAUUAGUUGUAUUUCUUUUUCAACACCAGUGGAAUACUACAGAGUGGAACUGAUGAACUCACAGAGACUUUGGGCAAUUCUCUUACUGCUGGGGGUUUCCCUUGGGGUGGCAAAAGGAUGGAUGGACAAGGAUACAGAAAAAAAGCCUGGCCAGACUUCAGGGAGAUUUCAACAUGAGCAAAGUGAAAGACCAGAUGUAACAACUAGCAAAGAUGAUUAUGGACAAGAUGGACUCCAUGGGCCUUGUGAGAGGAAAUAUUGUGGAAGAGGGCGCCAGUGUAUCGUCCAUGAAGAGACUGGCAAAGCAGAGUGCUCUUGCAUGGACAAAUGUCGGCCCAGUUUUGUACCAGUAUGUGGAUCGGAUGGCAGGUUUUAUGACAAUCACUGCGAGCUUCAUCGUGCCUCUUGUCUGCAGAAGAAGGAGAUCUACAUUGUGCACAGUAAAGACUGCUUCUUCAAAGGUGAUACAUGCACAAUGGCAGAGUACAACAGACUAAAGAACAUGCUCCUGGACCUUCAGGCCAAGUACUCCAGUCAACAAGAGGUUGUCCAAGGAAACCGAAUGUCCCACCGGAGGCACGUAGUGGAGAAGAUGUUCAAGUACUUGGAUCUCAACGCUGAUGGAUGCGUAGGCAGUGAAGAACUGGCUCAGAUAUCAGUAAGGGAUCAUCUGGAAGAUGACCUUCUGGAGUGUACACUGCAAGACCUGCUCAGAUAUGAUGACUACAACAAUGAUGGGCAUUUAACUCUUCAAGAAUUCUACACAUCAUUCCAGGUUGUUCAAGUGAGUCUCCCCGAGGAACAGAACACCAGCAUCUCCACGGUAACAGUGGGGCUGAGCACUGUGUUGUCCUGUGCUAUUCAAGGAACACUGCGGCCUCCGAUCAUCUGGAAGAGAAAUGGAAUCGUACUGAACUUCUUGGAUUUAGAAGACAUUAAUGAUUUUGGAGAUGAUGGCUCACUAUAUAUCACCAAGGUGACCACUAUCCACAUGGGCAAUUACACCUGCCAUGCUUAUGGGUAUGAGGAUUUGUACCAAACCCAUGUCCUGCAGGUGAAUGUGCCUCCAGUGAUCAUUGUGUACCCAGAAACCCAGGCCCAGGAACCGGGUGUAUCUGCCAGCCUGAAAUGCCACGCGGAUGGCAUCCCUGACCCCAAAAUUACCUGGCUAAAGAAUGGAAUGGACAUCAUGCCGAAGACAUCAAAGCAACUCUUAAUGAUAGCAAAUGGUAGUGAGCUGCAUAUUGGCAGCGUGCGCUAUGAAGACACUGGCGCCUAUACCUGCAUUGCUAAGAACGAAGUAGGAGUGGACGAGGACAUUUCUUCAUUGUUUGUGGAAGAUUCAGCUCGAAAGACUCUUGCAAACGUACUGUGGCGAGAGGAAGGUUUAAGUGUGGGCAACAUGUUCUAUGUCUUUUCUGAUGAUGGGAUUACAAUCCUGCAGCCAAAUGAAUGUGAGAUUCAAAGACAUAUAAAACCAACGGAAAGGAUUAUUGCAAGCUACGAAGAGAUGUGCCCCAAAGGUGAUGGAGAUGCAAUUCAGCAUUGCGUCUGGGCCUCCGCUGUCAAUGUCAGAGAGAAGUACAUAUAUGCGACACAGCCCGUUCAGAACAGAGUACUGAUUGUAGACACUCAAGCUCAGAAAGUUGUACAGGUUGUUGAAACAGACCCUAUGCCAGUGAAACUGCACUAUGACAAAUCACAUGACCAGGUGUGGGUGCUUAGCUGGGGCGACAUUGACAGGACUCGCCCAACGUUGCAGGUCAUCCCUCAAGCCAGUGGAGGAGAGGAACACCGAACCACUCCCACUCCGUUUGAGAGAGUGGAGAACUUCUUUAUUCCACCGACAAACCUCAUUAUUACACACGUAAGGUUUGGAUUCAUCUUUCUCAAGUCUGAGCCGGCGGUGCACAAGAUUGAUCUGGAGACCAUCUCUCGCAUCAAGACCAUCAGCCUCAAAAACUACAGCUGUGUCCCAGUGAGCAUGGCCUACACCCACCUGGGGGGCUAUUACUUCAUCCACUGCGAGGGGAGGAACUCUACGUCACCCCAGCCUCAGCUCCUCAUAGACAGCGUGACUGAUUCCAUCAUAGGCUAUAACCAGGACAUAACAGGGACACCGUACGUCUCCCCGGAUGGACGUUACGUCGUGACCGCCGACGAACACAACGGGAAGAUCAGGGUUCAAACACUCAGCUUCCAAGGCAGAUUACAGUCAAUACUAGACCUCCAAACUAGCCUGAGCAUCUCAGACGUGGCUUUCCAGCCAUCAUUUACAGAGGCCAAUCAGUAUUGCAUAUAUGCAGCCUCUCGAUCUCAAACAGAUAUGCUCUUUGUGGAGCUGUCAAUAGGGAGGCUGGAUGUUCUGAAGAACCUAAAGGAUCCCAUCCCGUCAGGCGAUUGGCCCUGGAGUCGUUAUAACAGGGUGGUGAAGGACAGUGGGCUGUUUGGACAACACCUGGUUACGCCCUCAGAAGAUUCUUUAUUUGUUCUAAAUGGGAAACAGAACCGCCUCCACUGCGAGGUUUCGGAUAUAAAGAGAGGUAACACAGUCGUAUGGGUUGGGGAGGUAUGAGAAGUUAAAUAAUAGGAUUAUAAGCAAGAAUUUAAUGGACUCAACGCUGGGACUGAGCAAGCAAGUAUAAAUGUACGGUUAUUGUAAAAAAAAAUGUAACAAAAUAUUUUUUACUCUGAGGCUUCAGUGCAACAGUGAUCUACGUGCACUUAUCCAAAUGACAGCGAUACAUUAUUGCACUUAACACUGAGGUUAAACAUAAACUGGGAAAAACUAUGCACAAUGUACACAUUUUCUUUUUUAAAUAAAAAGCAAAUCAUGCCAAUGCUGAAGAAUAUUUUCACAGGUUAGCCUUUUUUAAUAUAUGGCUAAUAAUAAUAAAAUAUAAUAAUAAUAAUAAUAAUAAUAAUAAUAAUAAUAAUAAUAAUAAUAAUAAAUGCAGCCUGGUAUGAUGAUGAUCAGUUUUACUUCGUUUUGACCUAGAAUAACACUGUAUUUCCCCCUUUUUUAUAUAAAAGCAUAGAAAAACCAGGUACUAAAUAAAUACAUACAUACACCCCCCCCCCACACAUUAUAAUACAGUCUGUAUAGAGGCUGUGUGGUCCAGUGGUUAAAGAAAAGAGCUUGUAACCAGGAGGUCCCCGGUUCAAAUCCCACCUCAGCCACUGACUCAUUGUGUGACCCUGAGCAAGUCACUUAACCUCCUUGUGCUCCGUCUUUCGGGUGAGACGUAGUUGUAAGUGACUCUGCAGCUGAUGCAUAGUUCACACACCCUAGUCUCUGUAAGUCGCCUUGGAUAAAGGCGUCUGCUAAAUAAGCAAAUAAUAAUAAUAAUAAUAAUAAUGUUUCCAUAAAAGCAGACAACAAAUUAAGUACUUAUGUUAUUUAAUCUGGCUCCUGUGUAGGGUUUUCAAAUAGAAUAUCAAACCUAAAAUAUAUUGCUAGAAUAGAAAAUAUCCAUUUCUGUGCCCUCCAUGGAAGCGUACACUAUCAAGAAUGAGCCCCAUUUGCCACUCAAGUCUGUAGAUUUGUUGUUUUUCUCUAGCAUCAGAAGCGUUUUUGAAUGCGUAAUGAGACGUUAGCUUAUGUUCUGCUCUCGCUGAUGAAUAUACAUUUGUAUAUUAAACUGUGGUUUUCUUAAGACCAUAUGUUGCCUGUACGGGUACAAUAUGAGCCAAUUACUGCAUAAAAGAAAAAAGCAAGUGAAUCCAUUAGUACAUUUAAUAUGUAUGGAAUUGAUGUCGCCAUUCAUUAAACACCUCUCUUGUAAAUACCACUGCAAAUCAGUCUUUGUACUCUACAGAAACAGCCAGUUGUUUUGUCAUUCAGUUAAGCAGUGUAGAGUGUGCAUCCCGUUUGCUCGAAAGAGACGUUAUUGAGAAUGUUGAAUAAUCACUCUCUGCUAUGGCUAAAGUUUCUGAACACACAAAUCUCAAGUGUAAGUAAGGAACAUUAGAUUUUACCAAACUUUAAUGAAUAAAAGUAAUUGAACAGGUAUAUUGAUCUCCCCGUCUUGUCUUAAUUAUUGAUUUAAAAGCGUAAUUAUUCCUCCAACUCGAAAUACAUCCUCCUCCUGUAAAACCUAUUGGAACUGACUUCCAGAAGUUCUGUCCUUGAUAACAUUAUAGCUUGAAACCUUGGGGAUGUUUCUCUGGUUUAUUGCAAAGCUAAAGUCACACUUUAGUUCAGGUGUUGCACAUUGAAUUAUGUAAUACUGUACAAGGAGCAACAGCUGACUGUUUGUUUAUAUACUGUAUACACACAGACCUUGAACAUGAAACAUUGAUUGAUGAAAACACCUUGUAGAAAUCAAGAGAAACACACUAGAUUGGGUCAGUUUUUAGAGCUUCUAUGCGGAAUGCACCAUUUUGUCCUGAAAUUACAAAAAAAGCAUUUUACAAAACUACAUACAAAGCAACCUGUAAAUUGAUGAAAUGUUUGCAUAGAAGCCAUAUGCUUUAACCAUUAGCUUGUGAACUAGCCUAUAGCACAUUAUAUACACCUUCUACAGAUUUCCUAUGAGCUGAAAUGUUAAUUCUACUUAAUGUGCAUUUGCACUUGCUCUCUUUACUACUGUGUUUGGUACUACAAUGAAACAAAGAAAAGCCUGUUGUAUUAGCUCUGUACCACAAUGCUUACCAUGUCAUUUUCCAAUCUUACACAAACUUGACUUUAAAACAAGCAAUGGCAUAGCUUGGUAUUAAGAAUAUAUACUGUCUUUCCAAUUCAAACACACACAAAAAAAAAUAUUUCUAUCCCUUCACCGUACUAGAGAAUAUAGGCGCUACGUGUAAAAAGCGUCUCACAAAAACAAACUAGACCACUGUUGCACUGAAAACAGAUCAGCUUAAACUGUGACAUUUAAAAGCUACAGUGUCUGGUGUAUGAUAUUUUCAUACUUUUAAUUUGAAGAGUAAAGUCCGCCUCUUUUGCAGUUGCUGGGGUUACCGUUUCACGAAAGGAAAAACCGCAAGACCUUUAGUGAAAUAUUUGAAGAUGUUGCUGCUGUAGCUUUCAAGCCUUGAACCUUAGACUGGGAUAAAAAUGUUACAAGUGCAAUGAUUUUAAUCUGUGAGCACCAGCCCAUACACACAAUACUUUACAACUGUUGACUAAUAUUUUUAUACAGCAAUGAUGAUACAGGUAGAAAUACAAUGACAAAUCACCUACUUUUUCUUUGUAAAAGGUAUUUAGUACCCAAACAUGCAGGUAUCCCAUAAAAAAAACAACUCCCUUUCAAAGCAGCAAGUUUAAAAUCCUACACAAAUUCUGAAUAUCCAUAUAGUUAAUAUACUGUAUUACAAGAAAAAUCAUUGCAGACCUAAUCCAUGUUGGUGUGCUAGGCAGUAGUCACUGUUGUACAUAUAUUAUUGUUCUUGUUUAGAACACCUUUUGAAUUUUAAAUGUACAGAUUUCAUUUGGGUUUAGUGAAGAUAAUUUGUAAAAAAUAAAAAAGCAGCCAUACAACCGUGGUUAUGUACAGCAGCAUUACAACUGUAUGCUUCACUGCAACCGAUUAAUUUAAAUGAAUAUUCAGGGAUUAACCUUUGGUUUUUGGGGGAUCUGGUAAUAAGGCAAAGCCAAAACGGACUCAUUGUUAUCGUUUGAAAACGCAUUAGUUGUUGCACCCAUUGUACUUUUUGUCACUACAACUCUACAAUGUAAGAUUUUUUAACAAAAGGGCACUUUUAAAAGGUAUCAUGUUCCAAUGCAUAUUUCAUCUGUAUAGUACUCUUACAUUGUUACAACAUCCUGUAUCUGUUCAAAGCGAACCCCUCCCAUCUCAAAUGUAUCCCUCCUAUGGCCCUGACCAUUGGUCUGCAUAGAUUAAGCCAUGACUUGCAGUAAAAGGCACAUGGACAGACCUACCAAGCAUUGUAAAGCCCGUUCUGUAUGUAAAAACUGAACAGCACAAAUCAGUUGUAUGCUGAGGAGCAUGUUCCCGCACAUCUGCAAAAUAAGUCUUGUUUGAAAAUGAAAGUACACAUUUUAGGAUUAAAAUGUCUAUCAUAAAUUUGACAGUUCGGCCACCACUGAAGUUCCAAUCUGAAAAGUCUCUCGGUCUAAUGCGCAGUAUGUACUUUACAAUGUUUGGUCUUCGGUGACUGCAGUGGUAGUCAGCGUAGAGACAUUAGCUCUGACUUUUCAUAAGUAGAAAUGUAAUCAAAUGACAGUACACCUCUAAGUCUCCUUUAUUACUGGAUCCACUGUCAUAUUAUUCCCCGAGCAGCGAGUAAUGUUAGUUGAUGAUUCUCUUGGAGUAGUGCCGUCAGCUCUGAUAAGUGGCUGUCCUAUGGGCAUGGUUUGUAUGUGAAGAGUUGCGUGGUCCCCUUUAACCUAGUAGAUGAUUCCACUUGAAAUGACAAAGACCAAUUCAUGAUAAAGUAAGAAAAACAGUUUGAUUUGAUUGAAUAAAUACAUCUGUCUGUCACCGGGCUUGGUCGAUCUCUAUGCAACACAUUGCCAAAAUAUAUGAAACCGCUAUUGCGCUUUCCAGCUUUGUUACUUAUGCAGCCUUCAUUGUCAAGGGUGAGCGAGUAGCCAAUUCAACAGUGGUUACGUUGACAUCAAUGGGUCAAACAAAGUUUGAAUUGGGAAGGAACGUUUGACUUUUCAGCAAUUCAUCUCAAUUAGUUAACUUGCCGUUUGGAUUUGGGGAUUUCUAUUCAAUCCUUAGCUAUAGAGAUGUACACUUUUUAAAAUCGUUUAACACAGUCUGGUAAGAUCUUAUUGGCAUCAUUGCAGUGGUUACAUUAUUUCUUUUUACUAUCGUGUGCGUCGUCUCCGCUGUUGUCUGUUUUUUUUUUAAUGGCCUCUCCACUGGUACUGUUGUAAACUGUAUGUUUUGUAUAUUUUAACCUUCUCCACACUCACCCCAUAAGUACCAGUUCACUUACCCAAUGGUUUACAAUACACCUAACUCACAAGUGAUGUAACUGGGUUAUCAAUUACUCUAAAGAAGUCAAAGUAUAUGGUGUUGCCUGGGAUGUAAACUUUCCUUUUUCUGCAAUUUUGAAAUAAAAAAAGUAUUAAAAAUGAGUUGAUUUUGA